UUGGUGUCGCUUCCUCUCGCGGAGGCGGCGUCGUCUUCUGCUCCGCUGCGCGUCGAACCGGCCCUGCGGCCGCUCAUGGGCAGCCAGGGCCGCUCGGGUUCUCCCGGGAACCGCGGGCCCAGGGAAAGCGAGGGCGGGGAGGCGACGGUCGCGAGGGGAAAGCGAGGAAAGAGGAAGGGGAAAGCGGGCACCGGGCACGGCGGAAGAGGAAGCGGGGCGGAAGGGAAGCCGGGCCUGCAGCCGGCGAGGAAGACAGCGGGGCCGGGGGCUGAGGCGGGCCCCGGGCAGGAAGGAGAGGAAGGCGCAGGCGUGGAGGAAGGACCGAGAAGCUCCGGGAAGCGGGAUGAGGAGAGCGCAGGCCCCGGGAAGGAGGAGGAACGGAGGCUCGGGGCCGAGCGGCGGGAGGACGACAGCCUGGAGAGAGCACGGGAGCGUGGGUGUCAGGCGUGGGGCGGCAUCCCGGGGACCCGGACGGCCAUGGCGGCGGCCGGCGACGAGGAGGCGGCGGCGGCGUCCUACCUGGACAUGCGGGCCCUCGGCCGCCUGGCUCAGGUGUGCCGCUGGCUGCGGCGCUUCACCAGCUGCGACCUGCUCUGGCGCCGGAUAGCCCGGGCCUCGCUCAACUCCGGCUUCACGCGGCUCGGCACCGACCUGAUGGCCAGUGUUCCAGUAAAGGACCGAGUGAAGGUGUCUCAGAACUGGAGACUGGGCCGCUGCCGAGAGAGGAUUCUGCUGAAGUGGAGAUGUAGUCAGAUGCCGUGGAUGCAGCUUGAGGAUGCUUCUCUAUACAUAUCUCAGGCUAAUUUCAUCCUGGCCUACCAGUUCCGCCCAGACGGUGCCAGCUUGAACCGUCAGCCCUUCAGAGUCUUCGCUGGGCAUGAUGAGGAUGUUUGUCACUUUGUGCUGGCAAAUUCGCAUAUCAUCAGUGCAGGAGGAGAUGGGAAGAUUGGUGUUCAUAAACUCCACAGCACCUUCACUGUCAAGUACUCGGCUCAUGAGCAGGAGGUGAACUGUGUGGACUGCAAAGGGGGUAUCAUUGUGAGUGGCUCCAGGGACAGGACGGCCAAGGUAUGGCCUUUGGCCUCGGGCCAGCUGGGGCAGUGCUUACACACCAUCCAGACUGAAGACCGAGUCUGGUCCAUUGCCAUCAGCCCGUUACUCAGCUCCUUUGUGACAGGAACAGCUUGUUGUGGGCACUUCUCACCUCUGAGGAUCUGGGACCUCAACAGUGGACAGCUGAUCACACAUCUGGGCAGUGAUUUCCCCCCAGGGGCUGGGGUGUUGGAUGUCAUGUAUGAGACCCCUUCUACACUGCUGUCCUGUGGUUAUGACACCUAUGUUCGCUACUGGGACCUCCGCACAAGUGCGCGGAAAUGUGUCAUGGAGUGGGAAGAGCCCCAUGACAGUACCUUAUACUGCCUGCAGACAGAUGGCAACCACCUGCUGGCCACAGGUUCCUCCUACUAUGGUGUUGUGCGGCUGUGGGACCGGCGCCAGAGGGCUUGUCUGCAUGCCUUCCCGCUGACGUCGACUCCGCUCAGCAGCCCUGUGUACUGCCUGCGACUCACCACCAGGCAUCUCUAUGCUGCGCUGUCCUACAAUCUCCACAUCCUAGACUUUGAGAACCCAUGACCAACUGUCCUGCCUCUGGGCCGGGCAGAUCAACUACUCAGGGACCUCUCUUGCCUGGCAGGUGAAGUGAUUGACACCGCACCCUCUUCCCAGCCCUGCUUUGCUCCUGGACCUGUGGCCACAGUGCCCUAGCACGUGAAGCACUGCCUCCUGGACACUGGGGCUGACUCUGAUGUAGGCCCUGCCAGUGCCUGUGAUCUUAGGAGACUGGACCUGAACUCUGGUGUUUACAACAGGGCCAACGUAAGGUCCUGGGCUGGCAAGGCCCAGCCUGUCCCCGAGCCCUUCAGAGCACUAAGCAGUCUAUAGAGUGAGGUGAGGGGCUCCCACAUCCCAGCUAGAAAGACAGGUGAGUUGCUGGAACUUCUGCCAGUACCAGCUGUCUCCUCAGUCAGGUCUCAACUUUGGCCAGCUUCUUGAUGCUGGGGGGCUCAUUUCUGAGGUACUAGCCUGGUUUUCCUUUGAAACUAAGAAAAGGGACAAAGGACACCUGUCAGUUUGGGCUUCUGGGCUAGCCGUUCCUCAGGCAGGCUGUGAGAAAUGUGCUAUGAUUUUAAUUUCUGUAAAAAUAAAAUCUGGGGGCUGGCUCAGAGGUUAAGAGCACUGACUGCUCUUCCAGAGGCCCUGAGUUCAAUUCCCAGCAACCACA